GAAGACAGACUUUGACCUCAGCGUGCUAAAAUUCUGAUGGACUCAACCUUCGACUGAGCACCGGUUCAUCUUCUGAAGCGAUUCCAGGUUCUCGGAGUUGGAGCAUGAACACCUUUGUGACUCUCUCGACAGGGCAGAGGAUGCCCGUGAUUGGACUCGGCACAUGGAAGAGUACCCUGGGACAGGUGAAGCAGGCGGUGAUUACAGCUUUAGAGUGUGGAUACAGGCACGUUGAUUGUGCUGCUGCUUAUGGAAAUGAACAGGAGGUUGGAGAGGCUCUGGCUCUCUGGGUGGGUCCAGGAAAGGCUCUGCAGCGUGAAGAAGUGUUUGUGACUUCCAAACUGUGGAACACCAAACACGACCCCCAGGAUGCUGAAGAGGCAUGCAGGACCAGUUUAGCACAUCUGGGUCUCUCCUACCUGGACCUUUACCUCAUGCACUGGCCCAUGGCAUUUCAGAGGGGGAAGGAACUGAUGCCUCGAAAUGAAGAUGGAAGCAUUUGUUACUCUGACACACACUACAGGGAUACUUGGACUGCCAUGGAGAGCCUCGUAGAUAAAGGGCUAGUCAAGGCUAUAGGUCUGUCCAACUUCAAUGCCAGGCAGACUGAUGACAUCAUAAGCAUGGCCAGACACAAACCUGUAGUAAACCAGGUUGAGUGCCAUCCUUAUUUGUCUCAAGCAGAUCUCCUCUCACACUGUCGCUCAGUGGGAGUUUGUGUGACAGCUUACAGUCCUCUGGGCAGUGGAGACAGACCCUGGGCUUCCGCUAAUGAACAAAGUUUGCUAGCGGAUCCUCGACUGGGAGCCAUAGCCCAGAGAUACGAGAAAACACCAGCCCAGGUUAUAAUCCGGUGGCACAUUCAGAGGGGUGUUGUGUGUAUUCCCAAAAGUGUGACACCUUCCAGAAUCCAGCAGAACUUGAACGUGUUUGACUUUUCCUUGUCAGAAGAGGACAUGAAAGUCAUUGAAUCCUUCAACCACAACAAGCGUUUCAUCGUUCCAACAGUCGAGAGAGACGGCAAAAGAGUGUGGAGAGAUGCUGAACAUCCUCAUUUCCCCUUCCAUGAUGCUUACUGAGUCUCCAGCAAACUCGAUGUAUACUUUUUAAGAAUAGUUGUCACGCACAAUCAAAACUGUAAUUAGUAAAUAAUUUCAUAGUAAUUAAUAGGUUUUGAACAAUUUUCACACUUUCCCCCUCAUUACAUUCUCAGUAUGGGGGAAGUUUAAAAAAAAUAAAAUAAAAUAAAUAAAUAAAUAAAAAUCCAAGCAGCAGUGUUUCUCUAACAGCUACAGUGACACUGUGUGGACAGAAACGAAACAGUAUCUUAGCCCAGUGACAGCACUACUGAUCACAUUUUUAUGCAUUUACUCUGCUGGCAGCAGAGAAGACAGAACACAUCAACUAGAAACUGCCCUGUAAAGAGUUUUAGUGUCUGGUAGAAGAAGGGGGGGGGGGGGAACAAACAAAAAGCACAACUUUGUUACAUGACAUCUUUCUGCAAGAUUUCUCUGUCAAGCAAGCAAAUAAAUGGCAAAUAAUACCAUGUACCAUAAAUGCAGAUGAUUUAACCUCACUCUGAUGAAUCACGUAUUUGUUUAACUUAAUUUUGUAAUACCUAAUAUAAAAGCAAUAAAAAAAGCUUAAUAGAAACUGACAACAGUUCUGUUUCGUGAGAUUUUAUUUUCCAACAACAUAACCUUGACAAAUUUGUAAUACAUUAUAUGCUACUGUUUAUUUAAAAAAACAAAACAAAAAAAAGAAGUCAUUAGCAAUAUGUUUGUGUUUUUUUUCUCUUUUCUUUCUAGCAUAGAAUUCCAUCACUAUAGCCAUUCAUGUUGGUUGUGAUAUACUGAGAAUGAGGCCACUCAAACAUCAUCCCCCACCCCAGGAAAAAGAAAUCCGCAGUCAGUUUUUCACCUUCCAAUUCCAACAUCCCCUUACCCCACCCACAUCAAAGCCAGGGCAAACCAAGCAGCUACAUGCUUUCUCCAAUGGGAAAAAAAAAAAAAAAAAAAAAAAAA